AUGCUGGUGGUCGGUGGCCCCGAGCCCUUGUUCUGCCUUCUCCUCCUCCUGCUCCUGGGCCCCCACAGCCCUGAGGGGGCCAGUCCUCCUCGGAGAAGGUUUGAGUAUAAGCUCAGCUUCAAAGGACCAAGACUGGCGCUGCCUGGGGCUGGAAUACCCUUCUGGAGUCAUCAUGGAGAUGCCAUAUUGGGCCUGGAAGAGGUGCGGCUGGCCCCAUCCAUGCAGAACCGCAGCGGCGCCGUGUGGAGCAGGGUCCCCGUCCUCUUCUCUGCCUGGGAGGUGGAGGUGCAGAUGAGGGUGACCGGGCCGGGGCGCCGGGGAGCCCAGGGCGUGGCCGUGUGGUACACUCGGGGCAGGGGCCAAGUAGGCUCUGUCCUGGAGGGGCCGGCCUCGUGGGACGGCAUCGGGAUCCUCUUCGACUCCUCGGCCCAGGAUACCCAGAACAGCCCCGCCGUCAGCGUGCUGGCCAGCGAUGGACACACUCACUACGAGCCGCCUGGGGACGGAGCCAGUGGGGUGCUGGGCUCCUGCCACCGGGACUUCCGCAACCUGCCGUACCCCUUCAGAGCACGGAUCACCUACUGGGGGCAGAGGCUGCGCGUGUCUUUGAACAGUGGGCUCACUCCCAAUGACCUAGAUGAGGUCUGCGUUGACACGGGGCCCCUGCUUUUGGCUCCUGGAGGUUUCUUUGGUGUCUCGGCAGCCACCAGCACCCUGGCAGAUGACCAUGACAUCCUGUCCUUCCUGACCUUCAGUCUGAGUGAGCCGGGUCUGAAGCCUCCCCCCCAGGCCUUUCUGGAGAUGGAGGAGCUCCGGCUGGCGAGGCAGCUGGAAGGGCUUCGGGCAAAGCUGGCCCUGGGCCCCAGGAAGGAUGCGAUUCCACAGCCGAGCUCUGAAGUCCAGGAAGAGGGGGAAAGAAGCUUUGGCCUGGAGGAGAUGCUGGGCAGACACCGCCAGAUCCUACAAGCUCUCCAGGGUCUGUCCCAACAGUUGACCCAGGCUGAGAGGCAAUGGAAGAAGCAGCUGGGGUCCCCAGGCCACACGAGGCCUAUGGGAGCCUGGGCCCAGAACUCCUCCUGCCAGAUUCUAUCCACCCCAGAGAGGGGCGGUCACUUCUCCAGGCCACUCAGCAAGACAGAGGCCCAAGCACUGAGAGACUCUGCCAAGGUCAGCGCCCUGCUCCAUGGACAGAGGACUCUGCUCCAGGACCUGCAAGAGAUGAGGGAUGCAGCUGCCCACGUGGCCUCAAGAGCCCAGCUCUUCUAUCUGCCUGUGGGCACCAAGCAUCAUUUCUUAGAGCUGGCCCAGAUCCUGAGCCUCCUGCAGAAGGACCUUCAGGGCCCACUGGAAGCAGCAACCAAGAAGCCCCGCCCACCUGGCCAACCCCCAGGGGCCUCCUCAUGCCUGCGGCCCAACAUCUUCUUGUUCUUCCUCCUCAUUCAGACUAUAGGCUUCUUCUGUUACGUGCACUUCAGGCAGGAGCUGGACAAGAGCCUUUGGGACUGUUUGUCCACAGGCAGCCCUCUGUGUCCUGCACCACGCAUCCCUGGGGCCCUGGGGGUUCUGAGGAGGCAGCCUCUCUCCCCCAGCAUGCAUGCAUGA